CAAUCAGUUAUUACCAUUCACGCGGUUUGUGGGAUCCCAAACACCAAACGACGCGUACUCAAGAGUAUCAAGCUUUCAACUCAUCCUAACCUAAACGCAACAGGAGAAAAAAAAAAUGAACCACCACCAUUCAUAACCCCAACUCAAUUUGUUCUUCGCUGUUCUUCCUCGUCACCUCUCCCCUUCUUCUUCUUCUUUCUCACUGUGCUCUACUUCAUUCACGAUGGUAGUCACCUUAUUACUAUUAGCAGUCUUGUUCAUUGCAGGCCUCAUCAACUCCUUCUUCCAUUUUCCCACCAGCAAGUUCUACGCAUGGCUUCUCUCCCUAUUCACCAAAACAUCUUUUGUGAAUUCCACCAAAGCCACCAGUACUAACACCACCUCUACCUCUGUGGCUCCCCAGAGGGAGAGCAUGCCCGUGGGCGCCGCCCGCAAGAAGGCCGAGCUCAAGACGGUGUUCGCGACCUUCGACAAGAACGGGGACGGGUUCAUAACCAAGCAGGAGCUCAGAGAAUCUCUCGGGAACAUCGGAAUCGUCGCAACGGAGAGGGAUGUGGAAGAGAUGAUGGAGAGGUUGGAUGCCAAUGGCGAUGGGCUGAUCGACGCGGACGAGUUCUGCCAGUUGUUCGAGCCGGCGACGCGGGGGAGUGGGGAGGGAGAGGAGGAGAGUGGGCUGAGAGAAGCCUUUGAGGUGUUUGAUAAAGAUGGGGAUGGGUUGAUUUCGGUGGAGGAGCUGGGGAAGGUGCUUGGAUCUCUAGGGUUGAAGGAAGGGAGGAGGAUGGAGGAUUGCAAAGAGAUGAUCAAAAAGGUUGAUGUGGAUGGGGAUGGCAUGGUUAGCUUUGAUGAGUUUAAGAUGAUGAUGAGAGCUGGUGGGAGAUUUGUUUCAUCCUUUUGAAGAGAAAGAGAGAGCGAGAUUGACAAAAAUUCGACCAAUCUUCGAUAAUUUUUUUAUGUUUGAAAGCCUGAAUUUUGAGCUUUUAAGUUUACAACUGUGUUGUCCAAGCUUACACAAUUUGAGACUCGAGGCUCCAACUUCAUAUUUUCAGUCUCCUUUUUUAUUUCAUAAAAUACGAAUUGAAAGCUCGAACAUCUUUUUUCCAUCUCCCUUUCUUUCUCUUUUUUUUUAACACGAAUUCCGAACUCAAAUUUCAUGUUUUCAAUCUCUCUUUCUUUUUUCAAUACGAAUUCAAAGCUCAUCUAGAGCUCGACCUUCAUAUUUUCAAUCCCUUUCUUUACGAACUCUCUAAAGCUCGAACUUUAUGCUCUUAAUUGAUCUUUCUUUCUUCGAUCAGUACGCAUAUUUCUAUUAAUGCAACCUCCACCAUCCUCUUGAUCAAAAUGUUGUUCUCUCCAAAAUUAAACUGAUGAUCAUGAAGUAGGCAGCUUGCUCUCAGAUGGUCUGAUGCUGCAGGGUUGCCAAAUUGUACAUUUUGCAGUGUCUAUGUAUAAAACACAGUUUGUAAGCUAUGUUUCUCUGUAUAAACUUAAUUUUUGUGUGUGUGUGUGUGUGUGGGCAUUCCCAACCCUAGCCCAUUUAAUUGAUGAACCUAUUAUCAUUA